UAAGGCGCAGUAGGAGGUGUGUGUGGACGUAGAGGAGUUGCUGCGCCGUGACGCGUGCGUCCUGCCUGUUUUAUGAAUUGUAACUACUGCCAUAGACUGUGACAUUGUCGAAGCGUAGGACACAAAAAGUGACGCAACUUUGAGACAAAGUGCAGCAGUGAAGAGUCAGAGCAGCGUCGGCUGACAUGAGCCCAGCGUUUGACUUUUACGCAGAGAGAAGCGCAAUGAGAGGCUGUGUACCCUGAGAACUUGUUGUGCAGGUCGGUCACAUGUCAUGUGUUUUGGGGGUCAUUCCUGUGGCUUCAUUGUCUUUACCCUGUGAGUGACAUUCAGACCGAGGUGCUCUGACACUGAGAGCGACAGAUUGUGGAAGACAGCACCGGAGUGGACGUGGCUUCUGGAAGAAAGACUGCAGAGAAGUCAAGUAAAAGUUUACACGUGUGGUUUUUUUCUUCUACCGUGCCGUGCAUGAUGUACACAAUCACCAGAGGUCCCAGCAAGCUGGUCACCCAGAGACGCACAGGCCCCACGCAGCAGCUGGACAACAAAAUGAAUGACUUCAAGCACAAACAGACCUCCUGGAGUCUGCCUGGGCUACCUUCACCUAAAAUUGUCUUCAAUCGUCCUAAUGGUAAAAAGUACCAUCAGCCUGCUCCGACUCGCCCCGCAGACAAUGAACAGGAAGAGGUUUUCACUGGAGCACAUGAGGAAAAUGUCAAGUUUGUUUAUGAAGCCUGGCAGGAGAUGAUGGAGCAGGAGCAGAGGUCAGAGGAUAAUCAAGGAACAGUCCACUUCAAUGACCCCACUUCAAGCCCACACAUGGAUAACUUUGUGCCCAUUGACCUGGAUGAAUGGUGGGCCCAGCGUUUCCUGGCCAAUAUAGACAAGACAUCCUGAGAUUUUCCUUUCAUUUGUGGACUCUAAGAGACAGUUAGAAGAAUGUGGACAGACGAUACAAGCAGAGCAACAGCGUGUUGCCCUGACAUGCUUCCGAAGGACAGACAAAACCAGAGGAUCCUCUAAGCUUGAACUAAAUCAUGCCUUAAACUCCAGCCUGCCAGAGAUGCCUUGAUGAUGUGAGCUUUUCUUUUUCAAAUCAUACUAAUAUUCUUAAAAGCUAUGGACCUUCAUCAUGCAGUAAAAAUGUACAGAACCUGCAAAAUACUCUUUAUUUAUGUACAUGUACACUGGCAGAAAAUCUGAAGUCAUUGUUUUUCAAUGAGAGCCUUAGAAUAGCUGUCAGGUAUAUAUAUAGGUUAUAACUUGUCUUUAAAUACACUCUUUGCUGCUCAUGGUGGGGGUCUAAGCUGACAUUUUUAGGAAGCAGUUGUUAUUUUACGUUUUACUUUUAAAAAGUAAAGUUUUCUUUUAUCUAACUGGUAAAAUGAAAGUUUGACAAACACCA